AAAAAAAAAAAAAAAUUCGUGGUCGCCAUUUUAAGGACCUGCUUGUGUGAUUUUUGGACUCGCGGCGUCAGUAAGACGUCCAUUUAUAUUCGUACUCCCAAAGAUAAAACAAAAAAAAAACUUUUAAAAUGGCAGACAAUGAUGAUCUUUUAGACUACGAAGAUGAGGAGCAAACUGAGGCAGUUGUUGAUGGUAGUGGUGAUGCACCAGCUAAAAAAGAAGUCAAGGGUACCUAUGUAUCAAUACACAGCAGUGGAUUCAGAGAUUUUUUACUUAAACCAGAAAUUUUAAGAGCAAUUGUUGAUUGUGGUUUUGAGCAUCCAUCUGAAGUUCAACACGAAUGUAUUCCCCAAGCUGUACUUGGUAUGGACAUAUUAUGUCAGGCAAAAUCUGGUAUGGGAAAAACAGCUGUUUUCGUAUUGGCAACAUUACAACAAUUAGAAUUGACUGAGAAUCAAGUUUAUGUACUUGUUAUGUGCCAUACACGAGAACUUGCAUUCCAGAUUAGCAAGGAAUACGAAAGAUUUAGUAAAUACAUGCCAGCAGUAAAGGUUGGUGUGUUCUUUGGAGGUUUACCAAUCCAAAAAGAUGAGGAAGUUUUAAAAAACACCUGUCCACAUAUUGUUGUUGGUACACCAGGACGUAUUCUUGCACUUGUAAGAAAUAAAAAACUCAAUCUCAAACAUCUUAAACACUUUAUCCUUGACGAAUGUGAUAAAAUGCUGGAAUUACUCGAUAUGAGAAGAGAUGUACAAGAAAUAUUUAGAAGCACACCACAUGGCAAACAAGUUAUGAUGUUCAGUGCAACAUUAUCCAAGGAUAUUCGUCCAGUCUGCAAGAAAUUCAUGCAAGAUCCCAUGGAAGUCUAUGUUGAUGAUGAAGCUAAACUCACACUUCACGGUCUUCAACAGCACUACGUCAAGCUCAAGGAAAACGAGAAAAAUAAAAAAUUAUUUGAAUUGCUUGAUGUCUUGGAAUUCAACCAGGUUGUUAUAUUUGUCAAGUCAGUCCAAAGAUGUAUGGCUCUUGCUCAACUUCUUACAGAGCAAAAUUUCCCUGCAAUUGGUAUUCACAGGGGAAUGACACAAGAAGAACGUCUGUCCAGGUAUCAACAAUUUAAAGACUUCCAAAAGCGAAUCUUGGUUGCCACAAAUUUGUUUGGCCGAGGAAUGGAUAUUGAACGAGUAAAUAUUGUAUUCAAUUACGAUAUGCCAGAAGAUUCAGACACAUAUUUACACAGAGUUGCUCGUGCUGGACGUUUUGGUACAAAAGGUUUGGCAAUAACUCUAGUCAGUGAUGAGAGUGAUGCUAAAAUUCUCAAUGAUGUACAAGAAAGAUUUGACGUAAACAUCACCGAAUUACCUGAAGAAAUUGACUUGGCAUCAUACAUCGAAGGCCGAUAAAUAAAUAAUAAUUAAGCUGAUAUUUAAAUCAGCAUGAAUAAUUAAAUAUAAAACCGUUUACUUCAUAAAAUUAUGUUGACAAGACUUGUCAAUGCUAUAAAUAAUUUAACGAAUUAAAUUAAAAUUGAAAAAAAAAAAAACUAAUUAUAAAUUAAAUAAAUUGCACCGAGGAAAUAAUCAAAGAAUUUCCUUUGAUAUAUUAUAACUUGACGGGAAUAUU